AUGGACGCGAAACAAGAACAGAUGGCAGUCCUCAAGGACGUGUUAGAAAAAACCAGUGACAACUAUCUUUAUGAUUACCUUAAACAGCGAGAAGGUCACGCUUCCUUCAACAAUUGCCAUCUUGAACACAGUUGGUACUUCAACAAUCUAAAGGUUUUUGAGAAUGACAGUAAUUUCAAAGACAAUGCACUGAUUGCCAAAGAUAGGUUUGAGGUAUAUUCUUCUUUGGUGGCUUGCGGCACGCCAGCUUCAUCCAAGCAAGAACAUCCUCUGGUAGAGAAAAAGUCUGUGGCUGUUUCUGGAUUUUGGAAGAGAAUUGAUGAAGAGCAAAAGCAGAGGGAAGAAGAAAAAGCUGCAGUACGAAUGGCUUCGUUAGGGCACCUUAACAUUUUCGGUCGGCUCACCACAUACGAGCCCCAAAUACGCAGGAAUUUAGUUACACAAGACAGCGACGACGUUUUAGGUGAGCAUAACAACCAAGAGGAAGUCGAAGUUAUUAGAGAUGUCGAAAGGGAAUCUAAAACCAAUGGCUCACUCGUUUCCUCGGUGGUUAUGCGAGAAGUCUCAAGUUCGUUUUUACCAAAACAACCAAGAGAUGAGGAAGCUGAAGUGCUGUCUGCUUCCGUAACAAAGAGCAUAGAAAGUUCUGAACUGCAGUUGAACAGUAUGGGAAGAAAAAAUUCAAGAGGUUUCUGUUAUCAUGAGCUCAUUAUGUCACCUCCAAGGCCUACAUAUAACGUAUCAAGGCCUUCUCCUGUGGUGCGUGGCAAGCAAAAAUUAAGGAAUUUGCCAGAAGAUAGGCCGCAUUUGAGGAUCCGUUUGCACAAUGCAAAUCAUCUGGUAGCGAGCACGAGGAGGACGAUGAUGGGGAGGAUUUUAGCAUGCAGCUCAGAUGACGACGGCAAUGAUAUUGGCAUCGACUUUGAGUCGAAUAUCUUCACAGAGAACAAUGAGAAAGGAGGAUCGAUGUUAGAGACUGGGGACAAGAUA